GCGGAAGAGGCCAAGGGGGCAUUCCCCAAGGCCACAAAUUUCCAGAAGCCGGAGAAGCCCCACGCUCGCUCGCCUCCGCCUUUCUAUCCCUCCUCCAAAUUUCCUCUACCACCCAUAAAAAUCCUCCAAAGGAUCCACCUUUCGGGAAUUCUUUAUCUUGUGCUUGGCCUUCUGAGGCCAGGGAUUCGCGGAAAUUCCCCUCGACCUUCAUCUCUAGCUCCCGGAAUUGGGGUAUCCGUCAAAGAUGGUGGAGCUCUCCCUCAUGGCCUCCGCCGCCUUGUGUCCGACAAAUUUUUGUCAGGAGAAGGGCCUCUGUAGGGCUUCCAAGGAGUUUCAAGCUUUAUUGCCACUUCAAGGCAAAAGACCAGAAAUAUGGAAACCUGGUUCAUUACAGCUCAGUGCACAAAAUUUUGAAAAUAUGGGGCAAUCCAUGCAUCUUUUGCCAGAGUGCAGUAAGUCAGUUUUGCCAGAUCAGAUGGUUAAACAUCCUGUGCUAACCAAUGUGCAAGAUUCUCGCCCUGACUCAGUGCUUUUCAGUUUUGGGAUCGCGGAACAGUGCAUAAAACAUGAGAAGAUCCUGAAGUUUCUUAGGUCUGGAUCCAAGAUAGCUGAAGGAGGAAAUCUGAAUAUUUCUUUACUGUCCGACCUUAUGGGACUUCACACUGUUGAAUUGUGGCCUCAGCCAUAUGUUCCCAAGCAUGAUAAAUUCUGCCUCUAUGAGAUUGGGAUGGAUGAUUCCCAGCAUUUGCUACUCCAUCAAAGGCAGUUUUGUGCUUCUGAGCCUCUUUUGGAUUUUGUUCAGAACUUGUCCCAUACUUCAUUUAUUACAGUAAAUUCAGAUGGCCAGGUUUUGUUCACGGGCAGUGGAUCUGAGAUGAAGAAUCUACUCUCAAUCGCUGCAGAGUUUAAUAUAUCAAAAAGAUCCACUAAUCAUGACAGGAAAUCAGUGCUAGUUCCAUACUUUACUAGGAAGGGCCGUGGACAUGCACGACCAAACAACCAAGUGUCUUCUUUGAAGUUGCAAACAGGAACGGUGGCUCCUUUAAAGAGCCCUGAAAAUGUCAAGCUGAAACCAUUGCCAAAUAAGAAACAAAACAGAAAAGCAGGCAAAGAGCGGGAUCUUUACCAUAAGAACUAUUUGCAUGCCUGUGAAGGCCUCCUGUCUGUGAUUCUAGACAAGAAGGGCAAGACAGCAAGCAUCUCACUGAAGAAAUCAGGCCCUGAGAUUAUCCAACUCCUUAACCAUUUCUCUGCUGGGAUUGCUGGAAUGGGCCUUGCGGUUCUCCUAUCUGUUGCAUGCAAAAUGGCUAAUGGGAGGGUAACAUUCAGCACUGGCAAGUUGCUGAAUACCAGCUUUGGUUUUGGAUUGUUCUGGCUCUCAUGGGCAGUAAACAGAUUGCGAGAUACAGUCAUUUAUCUCAGUAAGAACUCAAGCAAGCUAAAGCUCAAGGAGGAAGAGAUAGUGGGCAAGGUCGAGAGAAGCAUGAGGGAGAUUCUCUUCACAGCUGCAGCAUUGAUGGCAGUGGCAGUAUUAAGAUUUGCAUAAAAGGAAACUUCCUAUGGACUUUCUUCCCACUCCUUCCAAUUCCUAGCUUGUGAGAUAAAUCUAAACUUUAUUCUGGUUCAAAUGGAUAUCAGGAGUGUAGUUGUGUAAGAUAAUUUUGUAGUCUAAUAUCUUGUAAAAAAUAAAAACCUUUGUAAAUGGAAGCAGAACUGCUUCCAGGGCUUACUGCUUCUUGUAUUGGCUGUUAAAAAUUAUUAUCCUCAUCUUUUUGCACAAUGGUCAUUGAACUUUAAUUGUGUCAA